ACUUCUUCCAUGCGCGGUCCACAGAUUGGUUGCUGUAGUCUAAUGUACAACCGUGACUGGACUGUACUGGUAACCCCGUGAUUGAUUCGUCGGUGAAUCUUCACAGCAACUGGGGCGGUUUUUUCUUUCUUUCUUUGUCUUGUUUGUCGUCAAGUAAACGUUGUUUGUUCAACCAUAACAUAACCAUGGUUUGAGGCCAACAACACGUCUGUCUGUCUGUCCGUCAAGUAUGGCUCUUCUUCCAUGUUCAUCAUACAAUGGCGACCCAUAAGUGUUCACUCGAGGCCGGCGCAAACUCCCUCGUCGACGAGUUGGCCCAAGUUCUCCCCAAGGACACACACUUCACUGCCCACCAUCUGUCGACACCCCCAACGAUCACUGAGCCACUAUGCUACCCUCCUGCAUAUCCAACAAAUUCAAAUGGCGAGGCGAGAGCUAGGAAGCCACUCAAGACUUACUGCGAAAAACAUUUCCUGGCCAUUUCAAUUCAUGCGCCUGCGUCAAAGGCGCAGGUCCUGGCCUUUGCCCUUGAGUUAUACAUAUACACCACGGCUCAUUCGAGUAUCCUCUUUGUCGCAAAGGCCGAUUCCACUGGCUAUCUGGGCCUUUUAUCACUGCCGAGAGGGACACCAUCACCAACACGACAAGUUACCACGGCCUUCAUCUCACAUCUUGUCGCCAGCCGAACCCGCAAGGGUACACAGUUCGUGGUCAAUCUAUUUGCCAGGUCGCAAUCUCAAUAUCUAUUCCCAGGCAGUGUCAAGAACAAGGGGAAACAUAUCCUCGACGACAGGGGACUAGUCAAAUGGUGGUGUCGGGUUUUGAACCCGUUACUGGAGAAUGGACAGGACGGAGAAACAGGGCAGAAGAGCUGGGACAAGAUUCACGCAUACCUAGUAAUUCCUGGACUGGAUGAGCAUGAGACCCGAGCCUUUCUGCCUCGCACCGUUGAUGCAUCGAAACAUUGGACCCUGGGCCAUCCACUAGAGCGCAUAUCGCCGUACAUAUCAGACCCUGUGACAUAUGGAAAAACUAUACCAGUACGGUGUCUUAUACCUACAUACCCAGACGAUCCCAAAGCCCGUUUCGUCGAGGAGCUAGAGGAAUCUACUUCAGCAAGGGCCAAACUUGCUGGAGGUUGGAAGAGUCCGACGACGCUGGAUCAGUUCUGGGAAAUGAUGGCUUUUCGACAAGAAUGCUCCAGUGGAAGAAUGACCGGGUUCACCUGGCUUGUCUUUGACCCGCCUUCGUCAAGCCAGCGCUCUGCCGCAACAGUGGGAGCAGUUCGUAGUAGUACAGCGGCUUUCAUUCAGAGCCCCAAUGUCUCCUUUAAUGCGGCGUCGGACUCAACCGUGGCACCUCGACUCCUGACGCCAGAACCCAGCCAGGGACAGCUCGAGUCAAUCUCUACGCGACUAUCUUCACAAGCCACACCAGCGAGGUCGAGGCUCCGCCAGCUGAAAAAGAAAAAGACUCUCAAAGGACGUAUCAUUUCUCGUCAGCCAAAAGUCAAGACACAGCAACGCGCUCAUUUCCCGAAAGAGACAAAGACUGCGUACUACUACUGGCCCGAAGAGGGACGGGGCCAGGUCGUUCUUGACGAUUCUGGAUAUAAUCGUGCAGUCGAGCUUCUAUUGAACCUAGAAUUCAGCACCCUGGAGCAAGCAACAACGAGCUCUGCUCGAUGGACCAAGGAAGUCAAUUUUGGAAAGGACUGGGGCCUCCAGGUUUUUGGACGACGCGAGCUUCCGGUUCAACCCAUGUUUGGCAGCGCAGGUAGGGCCGUAAACGACCUCUCUAGCAUCAUUAAGAAGAAGCGACCUGCACCAGGCGCUACUGACACCUCUGGGAACCCUGUUGGUGAUCUCGGCGGUCCAAAUGUGUUGAGCGCUGGCCUUGUUCGAAAGAAAGCGAAGACAACUUCUGAUACGUCAGUGCCCUCGCCAGUUGUCGAAGCUACCCAGGCCAACCUGCUUGGAGCUGGCUUGAUCAGAAAGAAGCCGAAGCCAGCGUGAGCUUAUAGGCUGCUUUUCGCUGGACAAGAGAGUACUUUGACUUUGGGAAUUUGAUUUACAGCAUUAGGCGUUUACGGUUCUUGAAGGGCCAUCCAGAACACUUGAAAGGACUUGAAACGGCUCAAAUAGCGGGUUUGAACUGUGAACUGGCGAAUCUUUGAAUAUAUAC